GGGCUCUAAGUAUGGCAGAUAAAAGAAGGUAUGUGGAAUUAGUGGUUAAUGGUGUUCAUGUCCGAUUACAAUUGGAUACAGCUUCAGAUAUCACAUUGAUCUCUAAACGAACAUGGAAUUUAAUUGGUUGUCCACAAGUAUUACCUACUGAGCAUACUGCACGAAAUGCAUCCGGAGAUAUAUUAAAGCUUGUUGGAAUUAUAAAAUGCUCUGUUGAAUUUCGAGAUAACUACUUCACAGGGAAUUGCUAUUUAACGAACAGGCAUGACUUAGACCUUAUUGGAAUAGAUUGGAUAGAUAAAAUAAACCUAUGGGAUGUACCAUUGAGUGAAAUAUGCAUGAUGAAGUGCACAAAUAGUCCCAGAGAUCUACCCAUGGUUCAUGUAGCUAAGAAAGCCAUAACGAUAGAAGACCUCUUACAGAAACACAAUAAGUUGUUCCAGAAUAAAUUGGGAUGCUGUACCAUUGGAAAGGCAAAGUUAUAUUUACGACAGGACGUAAAACCUGUUUUUUGUCCAAAACGCCAAGUCCCGUAUGCAGCCACCGAUAAAGUUGACAAGGAAUUAGAUCGAUUAGAGAAACUGGGUGUUAUACAACCGGUUAAUUAUUCAGCAUGGGCAGCACCAAUAGUAGUAGUGCCAAAAGCAAACGGAACUAUUCGCCUGUGUGCAGACUUUUCAACAGGAUUAAACGAUGCUUUACAAAGUCACUCAUAUCCACUUCCCUUGCCAGAAGAUUUAUUUAUUAAACUAAACGGUGGACGUUACUUUUCCAAACUCGAUCUAUCUGAAGCUUACUUACAAGUAGAAGUUGACGAAGGUUCGAGGGAGUUAUUAACCAUUAAUACCCACCGUGGACUUUACCAGUUUAGCCGAUUACCUUUUGGCGUAAAACCAGCUCCAGCAAUUUUCCAACAGAUUAUGGAUACCAUGUUGUCUAACCUUGAAGGUGUGGCAGUUUAUUUAGACGAUAUUAUAGUUGUUGCCUCUUCUGCUCACGAACUGAUGAGUCGGUUGGACGUAGUGCUCAAUAGAAUAUCGCAAGCCGGUUUUCAAUUACAAAAAGAAAAGUGUCAAUUUAUGCUGGAUUCUGUUAAAUAUCUCGGAUAUAUAUUUGAUAAAGAUGGUCGCCGGCCAGAUCCAGAUAAUAUAAAUGCCAACAAAAAUAUGCCCACACCAACUGAUGUUACAACUCUCCGUUCAUUCUUGGGGAUGAUUGGAUAUUAUAGUAUGUUCGUACCCCAGAUGUAUAAAUUGAGACACCCGUUAAAUCAACUUUUGAUGGCUAAUGCAAAAUGGCACUGGACAAAAGAAUGCCAAUAUUCUUUCGACGAAAUAAAAAGGAUUUUAUCUUCUAAAUUAUUGUUGACUCAUUACAAUCCUAAUCUUGAAAUAAUUGUUGCCGCUGAUGCUUCCAACUAUGGAAUUGGGGCUGUUAUCAGUCAUCGUUUCCCUGAUGGUAAAGAAAAGCCGAUUGCUCAUGUAUCCCGAACACUUAACCCAGCUGAACGAAAAUAUAGUCAGAUUGAAAAAGAAGGAUUAGCUAUAGUUUUUGCAGUAAAAAAAUUUCAUAAAAUGAUUUAUGGACGUCGAUUUACUCUUCUAACAGAUCACAAGCCGCUUUUAUCUAUAUUUGGAUCGAAGUCAGGUAUUCCUGCAUAUACAGCUAAUCGAUUACAACGCUGGGCUAUUACACUACUUGCUUAUGAUUUCCGAAUUCUAUAUAAAUCAACUGAAAAGUUUGGACAAGCUGAUGUUUUAUCUCGAUUAAUUGCGAAUCAGAAGCAGGAAAGCGAAGAUUCUAUUAUUGCAACGAUAUCAUUGGAAGAAGAUAUCCACCAAAUACUACAAGUUGCUAUAAAAGCAACACCAUUAUCCGCUGAAGAUAUUAGACGCUACACUCAAGAAGAUGGCGAGCUGAAACGGAUUAUAAGUUACCUUGAACAUGGUUGGCCUUCUCAUAUAGACAACAAAAACAUUGAACAGUAUGCUCACCGACGAAAUUCUUUAUCGCUCGUGGACGGGUGCCUAAUGUUUGGAAAUCGAGUUAUUGUACCCACAAGCCUACGUCGGAAAGUGAUGUUAGAACUGCACGCUGCACAUCUAGGGGUAGCGCGGAUGAAAGCACUUGCACGCGGUUAUGUAUAUUAGCCGAAUAUUGAUGCGCAGAUUGAAGAAUAUGUCGCGAAAUGUUCAGCAUGUGCAAAAGCCAUGAAAGCGCCUCGCAAGACCGAAAUGCAGAGUUGGGGAACACCGUCAAAUCCGUGGUCAAGAGUUCAUGUAGAUUUCGCCGGUCCUAUAAACGGUAAACAGUUCUUGAUAAUCAUUGAUGCUUUCUCUAAGUGGCCAGAAGUCCACUAUAUGAAAUAUGUCUCAACACAAGCUACGGUGAAGAAACUGAGGCAAGUAUUCAGUUGUUUUGGGUGUCCAGAUAUAUUAGUGUCAGACAAUGGACCACAGUUUACCUCUGCUGAAUUUUCGAGGUUCUGCAUUGCCAAUGCCAUUAAGCAUAUCAAGACACCCCCAUACCAUCCACAGUCUAACGGGUUAGUCGAAAGGUUCGUGGACACUUUUAAAAGAGCAUUGCUUAAAGCCGAAGGGGAAGGAGAAAUAGAGGAUAUAAUUCAACGAUUUUUACUAAGCUACUGCGCAACUCCCAACCCAGCAACAAAUAAUCAAGAAAGCCCGGCAGAAGUAAUUUUCGGAAGAAAGAUUAGAAUACCUAUGGAACAAAUGAAGCCAAAACCUGAAAUCAUUCAAUGCAAGAAUAAACGAAUGGAACUGCGAUUUAACAAAAGGCAUGGUGCCCUACCCAGAAGGUUUAAUGUGGGACAAGCAGUAAUGGCAAGAGAUUAUCAGGGAGUUAAGCCAACCUGGAAAUUUGGCAUCAUAGUCCGAAGAAAAGGGAAAGUUAUUUAUGAAGUGAAAGUUGGACAAAAGAUAUGGGUACGACAUGCAAACCAGAUACAGCCGACCAGACAGGAGUGGGAGAUAGAAAGUGAUAGAAAGCAUGAUAUACCAUUAAAUAUAUUAACCGAGUCGGAUAAUGAAAUUAAAAAAGACCCGAAUAAAAAGAAGACGUGUACAACACUCCCAAGGCGGUCGCAGCGCAUCAGGCGGAAACCUAAUCGUAUAAAAAUAAAUCCCAAGGAUCGCUAUUAUCCAUGAUGCUUCAAAAAAAGGGGAGGUGUUAUAUCCCAUGGUGAAUUAUGAAUGGUAACUCCAAGGACUAUUUAUCGACCAAUGUAUUAUGCGUAUUGUACAAUUGUUACGUAACUAAACGAUUCAUAUUUGUGUUUCUCUUAUCAUGAGCUUUAUUUUGAUCUUUGAUUUAUGAUCAUUCGAUUCUUGAGUUAUAAUCAGUUUAUCGAUUACUUUGGUUUGUAUAAAAACCCAGUAUGUUUGUAAAUAAUGAUCCAUAUUGCCGAGG